AAAGAGGCAGGGAAACCCGAUUGGACGGAGGGGGGCGUGUCUCCGUGCGUCCGCGCGAGACCACGGGCUCAUAGCUGUGUCUGAGCGCGCGCACGCCCUCGCCUCGCUGCGCUCUCAACUUUCGGCGCUCGAGCGUGCGCGCGUCUUCAGGACUCCUUCGCGAGCGCGUGCUUAACAUUUAUAUUUAUAAUAGUUUUGUUCUGGUUUUUUAUUUUAUUUUAUUUUAUUUUAUUUUAGUAGUCAUUUUUGGAAAAGAUUUCUUCAGCCCUUUCGGAAUCCAGGUAUGUGUGUGUGUGUGUGUGUGUUUGUGUGUGUGUGUGUGUGUGUGAGCAUCUCAGCUGAGUUUGAUUUCUGGGCAUCAUGAAGCUUCACAGUACCAGUGAGGAGACUCCUGAACACUGAGCCUCAUCUGCUUCUCAUCUCGGCUCAACAACGCGAGUGAUCUGAGCUCCGCUCACACACCUCCAGCCAGCACGGAGUCUCUCUGAGUGUGUGUGUGUGUGUGUGUGUGUGUGUGUGUGUGUCUGUGUGUGUUUGUGUGUGCUGGCAUGGCGUUUACGUUAUCGGAGAUCAUGGCUGCACGACGGCAGCAGUCUCAGAGAGGAGCGAGAGGAGCGAUAGAGGUAGACGAGUACAGCGCAAACCCCACUCAGGCCUUCACCUUCUACAACAUCAACCAGGGACGAUUCCAGCCUCCACACGUCCACAUGGUUGAUCCGUUACCCCAUGACACCCCAAAGCCACCCGGCUACACUCGCUUCGUGUGUAUCUCGGACACACACUCGCGCACCGACGCCAUCCAGAUGCCGUACGGCGACGUGUUGCUGCACGCAGGAGACUUCACGGAGCUCGGUUUGCCCAGCGAGGUCAAGAAAUUCAACGACUGGCUCGGCACUCUCCCAUACGAGAUAAAGAUCGUGAUCGCGGGAAACCACGAGCUGACCUUCGAUCAGGAGUUCAUGGCCGAUCUGAUCAAGCAAGACUUCUACUACUUUCCCUCUGCCUCCAAGCUGAAGCCGGAGAACUACGAGAACGUGCAGUCGCUGCUCACCAACUGCAUCUACCUGCAGGACUCCGACGUUACCGUCCGAGGUUUCCGCAUUUACGGCUCACCGUGGCAGCCGUGGUACUAUGGCUGGGGUUUUAAUCUUCCACGAGGACAAGCGCUGCUGGACAAGUGGAACCAGAUCCCUGACUCCACUGACAUUCUGCUCACACACUGCCCUCCUCUGGGUUUUCUGGACUGGGUGCCGAGGAAGAUGCAGCGUGUCGGCUGCAUGGAGCUGCUGAACACGGUGCAGAGAAGAGUCCAGCCCAAAUUACACGUCUUUGGACACAUACAUGAAGGUUACGGGAUGAUGACGGACGGAACCACCACGUUCGUUAACGCCUCCGCCUGCACGGUCAACUUCCAGCCCAUGAACCCGCCCAUCGUCUUCGACCUGCCCAAUCCCAGGAGCUCAUGAUGGAACUCGGCCCCGCCCCUCGCUUCACGCCUCCCAAAAUCAGGGUUCAUUGUUACGUGUAUUUGGAUGCUGUAUCAUGUACAUAUUCCAGAGAUGGAGAGAACGUGACUCAUGUUCGAACGAUUUGAAUCUGUCGUGCCAUAUUUUUUCCCGUUCUCCAAAUCCUGACUCCGCCCCUUUUUCUUUUUCUUUUCCCCAAGCGAUUCUCACGCUUUCAUUGCACUUGAAACGUUGUGACAAUCCCUUAUGUCUCUUAACGAUGGACACUCACCGGGGACAAUCGUCAUACGCACUCGAGAGACACCGAGUUCUGGAACGUCUGAGCUCUUAAUCAUGUCCUUCACAUCAGAUCAGAUCGGAUGGACGCAAGCGAGUGACGUGUCCACGUCCCGGUCUCGUUGUUCCCGCUCCGGUUCCUCGGUGCCGGACAGAGGGAACUUCUCGUCAGGGUUUUGGACUCAGACAAUGAAAAAUGUAAUAUACAAUUGCUGUCGUAUUUAAAACACGGAAACUUCACUUCAA